AUGGCUCUGCCUCUUGACGCAUUGGCAUGGACACAGCACAGUGGCAGUCCACGACGACCCCAUUUUCUGGAAAAAUCACACGACAAUAAGAAUACUAAUAAUGCACCCGCACCUGCACUGGUGGAUCGAAGGUCCCUGUUUGGAGCCGCGACUUUGCCACUACUGCUCGUAUUUCCGUCACAGCCCUCCGUGGCGGCACCUCCCAAGGAAGCUUCCGUCUUUUUGGACAAGAAACUGACGGCAGAGGAUGCCAAGCAACGGUUUCAACUCGCUCGCAAGGAGAUGCAAUAUCUGCUCGACAAUUACGCCGAUAUUUCCAAAAAGGGUGGCGGCGAUGCCGUUCGAAACUACCUCGGCACACAAGGUGUUACCAGCAGCAUGUAUGGGAUUCAAAAGGUGCUCAAACUACUGCAAGAGGAAUCGGAUGACAUUGUGGAAUACACCGAAACCAUGGAAGAAUUCAAUGCCUAUUUCUAUCAAGCCGAAGGAGCGGCCUAUCAAUCCAUGUUUGCCGAACAUUCUUCGUCCAGAUCCACUCCCGAGUCCCUGUUGGCCACGGCCAAGAAGGAUAUUCAAUCCAUGGUCAAAUACAUGGAUCAGUUGGCAGUUCAACUGAAUCUAUAA